UAGCUCUGCGCGAGGGAGGUUUUAUGCUGCGCUCGUUUUAAACGAUUUAACGCUGAAAGCUCGCGUGUGUCUUCGUGAGGGUGGACAGUGUGUGUCUGCUGUCUUUUUAACUGCCGCCGGUUUGGCCAUAUCAUCGCGAGGCUGUAGUUAAAGGUGCACACGAGCGUGGGUUAGUGUGGCGUCCGUUCGGUAAGACGCGGUCCGCUUGCUCGCGGGCGAAUUAUUCGUCACCUUGCUUUGACAUUUUUUGCACAUAAAGAGAAACCUGCUCUUCUUCUUCUUUACUUAAAUAGGCUUAUUUCGGUUGUUAUUUUGGUUUGCAUGCUUUCUGAACGAUCUGAGUAAUCGCAAUAUUCUCCGCCUUGCCCAGAUGUCGUGAGUCUGUGAUUAAGAACCGAACCCAGCUCGUGUAAAUAGGUUCGGCUGCAUCGAGGUGCUCGGUAAGAUGGGUGCAUGCUUUCGGAGCGAAGAGAUGUGCUUGGCGCAGCUGUUCCUGCAGUCCGGGUCGGCGUACGACUGCAUCAGUGAGCUCGGAGAGAUGGGUCUGGCCGAGUUCCGAGAUCUCAACCCCAACGUCAGCCCCUUCCAACGCCGCUUUGUCAGCGAGAUCAAGAGGUGUGAGGAGAUGGAGAGAAUUCUGGGGUACCUCCUGAGAGAAAUCAGAAAGGCGAACAUCGCUGUUCCAGAACCUGACGUCAGUCCUGCGGCUCCUGCACCUAAACAUGUCCUGGAGAUCAUGGAGCAGCUGCAGCGGCUGGAGCUGGAGCUCAGCGAGGUAGCCAAGAACAAAGAGACGUUACGGCGGAACCUUCUGGAACUCACAGAGUACACACACGCGCUGAGGAUCACACGGUGCUUCACGCACAGCCGCUCCAGGCAUGAGGCACUGGGUCCGCAGUAUGAGGAGUUCCCUUCUCUGGAGACAGAGUCUGCGGCAGGCUACACUGGCAUGCAGAGACUGGGGGCCAAACUGGGGUUCAUCUCAGGCCUGAUCCAGCGAGUGAAGGUCGAGGCAUUUGAGCGGAUGUUGUGGAGGGUGUGUAAAGGCUACACCAUACUCAGUUACGCUGAGGUGGACGAGAGUCUGGCAGACCUUGACACUGGGGAGAUUAGUAAGAAUGUGGUCUUCCUUAUCUCUUUCUGGGGUGACCAGAUUGGCCAGAAGGUUCAGAAGAUCUGUGACUGCUACCACUGUCAUCUCUACCCCCACCCAGAAACUGAUGAAGAGAGAGCAGAUGUAAUGGACAGUCUGAAGAUACGAAUUCAGGACCUCCACAACGUGCUCCACCGCACCGAGGAGUACCUGAAGCAGGUGCUCCAGAAGGCGUCCGAGUCUGCCCACUGCUGGGUGCUGCAGGUGACCAAGAUGAAGGCCAUCUACCACAUCCUCAACCUCUGCAGCUUCGACGUCACCAACAAGUGUCUGAUAGCCGAGGUGUGGUGUCCCGUCAGUGACCUGACCAACCUGCGGAGGGCGCUGGAGGAGGGUUCGAGAAAGGGAGACGCGACUGUCCCAUCCUUUGUGAACCGCAUCCCCAGUAAGGACACCCCGCCCACUCUUCUGAGGAGUAACAAGUUCACCUCAGGCUUCCAGAGCAUCGUGGAGGCGUAUGGCGUGGGGGACUACAGAGAAGCCAGCCCAGCCCCAUAUACCAUAAUCACCUUUCCCUUCCUGUUCGCGGUGAUGUUCGGAGACGUGGGCCACGGUGUUGCCAUGACACUCUUCGCCUUGUGGAUGGUGCUGACUGAGAAGAACCAUAAAAGAAGACGCUCAGGAAAUGAGAUGUGGAGGCCAUUUUAUGAGGGCCGGUACAUUAUCCUGAUGAUGGGUUUGUUCUCCUGCUACACGGGACUCAUCUACAAUGACUGUUUCUCCAAAUCCCUCAACAUCUUUGGAUCUGGCUGGAACGUCAAGGCCAUGUUCAGGGAGCAGCAGUGGACGAAUGAAACUUUACAGACGAACGCACUCCUUGCUCUUGAUCCCAACGUGUCUGGAGUCUUCACCGGACCCUACCCGCUGGGCAUCGACCCAAUAUGGAACCUGGCGGUGAACCGGCUAGUCUUCCUCAACUCCUACAAGAUGAAGAUGUCUGUGAUCAUCGGGGUCCUGCACAUGAGCUUUGGCGUGGUGCUUAGUGUUUUUAACCAUCUGCACUUCAGGCAGAAGUUUAAGCUCUACCUGCUGUUUUUACCUGAGCUGCUCUUCCUGCUGUGUCUCUUUGGCUACCUGGUCUUCAUGAUCUUCUACAAAUGGCUGGCGUUCUCCUCGGCUGAUUCACGCACUGCUCCCAGCGUGCUCAUCCACUUCAUUAGCAUGUUCCUGAUGCAGGGGAACACCACUGCCCCACUUUACCCUGGUCAGGCAGCACUGCAAAUGUUCCUGGUAGCUGUCGCCCUGCUGUGUGUUCCAGUGCUGUUGCUAGGGAAACCACUUUACCUCUACUGGUUGCAUCAUGGUGGCAAAAGCCUAGGUGUCCACAGGGGCUAUGAGAGGGUUCGGCGUCUGAGCGAGGAUGAUCUCUCGCCCUCCAUGGGCCAUGACGAAGAGGAAGGUCUCGAUGAUCCACUCGGCCGUGAGACUUUUCCACAGGAGUUUGAUUUUGGAGAUGUGUUCCUGCAUCAGUCUAUCCACACUAUAGAAUACUGCCUGGGCUGCAUCUCCAACACAGCGUCAUACCUGCGUCUGUGGGCCCUCAGUCUGGCUCAUGCCCAGCUGUCGGAGGUGCUGUGGGCGAUGGUGUUGCGUGUAGCUCUGAAGAUCAGCUCCAGGCUGGGUGCUGUAGUCCUGGCUCCUGUCUUCAGUGUCUUCGCCCUGCUCACUGUCUCCAUCCUCAUGCUCAUGGAGGGACUCUCCGCCUUCCUGCACGCGCUGCGUCUGCACUGGGUGGAGUUUCAGAAUAAAUUCUACAGUGGAACGGGUGUCAAAUUUGCCCCAUUUGACUUCUCACUCCUGCCCUCUGUCUUCGAGCAAGAUGGUUUACUGUGAGAAGUAAAUGAUGCUUCAGUGUUGAGCCCAUCCACCAUGGCUUACUCUGACUCACUACACCAUCCACCAUGGCUUACUCUGACUCACUACACCAUGCACCACGGCUUACUCUGACUCACUACACCAUGCACCACGGCUUACUCUGACUCACUACACCUUUAGUGUUGAGCCCAUCCUCCAUGGCUUACUCUGACUCAAUACACCUUUAGUGUUGAGCCCAUCCACCAUGGCUUACUCUGACUCACUACACCAUGCACCACGGCUUACUCUGACUCAAUACACCAUGCACCAUGGCUUACUCUGACUCACUUCACCUUUAGUGUUGAGCCCAUCCUCCAUGGCUUACUCUGACCCACUAGACCAUCCCCUAUGGCUUAAUCUGAAUCACUAGACCAUCCCCCAUAGCUUACUCUGACUCAGUACACCAUCCACCAUGGCUUACUCUGACUCACUACACCUUUAGUGUUGAGCCCAUCCUCCAUGUCUUACUCUGACUCACUACACCAUCCACCAUGGCUUACUCUGACUCACUACACCAUCAGUAUUGAGUCCAUCCACCAUGGCUUACUGUGACUCACUACACCAUCAGUGUUGAGUCCAUCCACCAUGGCUUACUGUGACUCACUACACCAUCAGUGUUGAGUCCAUCCACCAUGGCUUACUGUGACUCACUACACCAUCAGUGUUGAGUCCAUCCACCAUGGCUUACUGUGACUCACUACACCAUCAGUGUUGAGUCCAUCCACCAUGGCUUACUGUGACUCACUACACCAUCAGUGUUGAGUCCAUCCACCAUGGCUUACUGUGACUCACUACACCAUCAGUGUUGAGUCCAUCCACCAUGGCUUACUGUGACUCACUACACCAUCAGUGUUGAGUCCACCCACCAUGGCUUACAGUGACUCUGACUCUGUAGUACUGCAGAUGAUUGUGUCACUCCUCCUUCUCCUCCUCCUGUGCCCCACUCAUACCCUUUUCUAGCAGUAUCAGCAAACCCCUUACGUAAUGCCACAGAUGAAAACAUUCAUUUCAAGCAUAUCUGCAACUGACUACCAACACUGGUUCCAUGUAAAUAACUGUUUGUCAGCAUUGGCCUAGCUGUUAUAUUUAUAUUUAGAGAUACUAUUUGAUAAUCUUAUUUAUUCACAAACAUUUUACAUCAUAUCAGAUUUCAAAAGUGCCAUAAGUAUUUUUCAAUACGCAGUUUUGUAUGCCACACUGAAAUGAAAACACUUCAGUUAGCCAUCUGCUCCAUGACUGCUGAAGCUCUCACACAACCAACCUGUGAUGUUGCAGGUAAACUUUUACAAGUGGGAAACAAAUGUCACACAGCAUUAGUCAGUGUCAUAUUAGAUAGAGUUUUCAUUGAAAUUUUCAUGGUGUACAGUAUUAAAGCAUAAUUUUCAAAAACAGA